UCUUUACUGAUUAAUCACUCGAUCUCUCUUUAUCAUGGCGAUCACCUCCGACCCAGAGGUUGGCGUUAACCCUAAACCCGGCGACACCGAAGCGGAGAUCGAGGGCACGGCCGAUGCCGGAGACGGCGAAGAGGCGGACAACGACGAAACGGAGGAGGAGGAGGAGGAGGAGGAGCCCAGCGCCUCCGGAAGGGAAAAGUUCAAUCGCGCCCUCAUCCGCCUCUCGGAAGGCCCCGUUCGUAUCCGCGUCCACGAUGUCAUCAUCAGGGGUAAUGGCAAGACCAAGAAGGCCCUUAUCGAAGCUGAGGUCCUCGACGCCUUCCGCUCAGCCUCCUCGAUGCAGGAACUCCUCCGGGCCGCAGGCCUCGCCAAUGCUCGACUGCGCCAGUUGGACAUCUUCGAAUCUGUAACCAUCGUGCUCGAUUCGGGAUCCUCUGAGCUUCCCAACACCGCUAAUGUCAUCAUAGAUAUUGUUGAAGUCAAGAAUCCGCUCUCUGGUGAUCUCGUAGUUUACACAAAGCCGGAGGCUCGAUAUCGGUCGUUUGAAGGAUCACUCAAGCUUAAAAACUUGUUUGGCUAUGGUGAUAUUUGGGAUGCUUCUGGCGCUUAUGAGUUUGAUGGAACAUCAGAGAUUAGUCUUGGAGUGUCAUUACCCAGAUUCAGAAUUAUUCCAGCUCCCCUCACAACUCGAGUUUUAUUACUUUCCCAAGAUUGGUUGAAAUUUUCAUCAUACAAGGAACAUCUACUAGGUCUCUCUGUUGGAUUGAUUUCAACUAGAAAACAUGAACUCACUUACAACCUUACAUGGUGUAGCUUACUUGACCCAUCAAGCAUACCAUCCAAGUCAAUACGCAGCCAGUUGGGACAUAGUCUACUCUCUUCAAUAAGAUACUCGUGUAAAAUUGAUCACAGGGAUUCAAAAGUGAGGCCGACACGUGGAUAUGCAUUCUCAUCAACAUCUCAAAUUGCAGGUCUUGGACCUGACAAUAGACUGAUACAAUUUUUAAGGCAGGAUUUUGAUCUGAGAGGGGCAAUUCCUUUAGGAUUUUACAAUGCUGCUCUCAACUUUGGAGUUACAGCAGGUGCUGUAAUGCCAUGGGCUGGAUUUACAAAUUCAAGCACACCAAUGUGUGAGCGAUUCUACAUGGGUAGUCAUUCUUCUCCUGUUUGCAAAUUAGGCGGGCCUGCUUCUUUGUUCAGUUUCAAACAAAGAGGUCUCGGUCCAACUGAUAUGCAAAGAGUAAUUUCUUCAAAACGAAUUGAAGAUAAAGAUGCAGCAUCUUCGGGAGGGGAUGCUUCAGGAAGCAUUGCCUCUCAAAAUAGAGAUGCUGUUGGAGGUGAUCUUGCUGUUACUGCCUUUGCUGAUCUUUCAUUUGAUCUACCUCUAAAAGUGUUUAGAGAAUCUGGGGUUCAUGGACACAUGUUCAUAAAUGUUGGAAACCUUAUUAAAGUAUCAGAGGAAUUGGCAAAUUUCCCAUUCCAUAGAUUUUUGGAUACAUUCAGGAGCUCUGCUGGGGUUGGCAUUGUCAUCCCAACCAGAUUAUUUCGCAUGGAGAUCAACUACUGUUAUCUAUUGAAACAGUCCGAGCAUGAUCAUGGGAAGACAGGCAUACAGUUCAGUCUCUCCACUUCAUAGAUUUGCAUUAGCAGAUGAAGUCAAUUCACCUCACCUUUCCCAGCCUGAAUUAAUCUGUCCUCCCUUUGAUUGUUUAUUGUUUGUUUUUAUCAAGGUCAGAAACUUACGCGCAGAAGCAAGAAGGAAAAGGGCGUGGUUGUCAAAUAAGCUUAACAUUAAGAUUUCUCUUAUUUCAACAGGUUACUUGUAUCACUUCAAUAAUCUUGUGCUUUGGAUCCUCUCAAUUUGAAGUGGAUCUACCAAAUGAUCUUUAACUAAAGUUUGAAACACCACAUUGAACAGUGGCUUGUUCUAACAUACAUGAUUAUAAUUACAUGCUUCCUCGAAGCAAAUCUGGUGAGCUUAAUUAAGUAGUUACACAGAUCUGGAUUGGAAACUUCCAUUCAUCUAGCAGAUGAUUGAAGCAACAGUUUCAUAUACAAGCUUGAAGGUAUUAAUUUUGCCUCCGGGGUUAUGUUGCAGCGGUAGGAUAUUCAGAUUGUCAUUCAGACGACAUUCGCGGUUCAAGUUCUAGUUAUGAUA